AGUUGGCAGGUGUCUCUUCCGACCAAUCCAGCCAAACCUUGCCUAUAAGACAAUUGCAUUUUUUCAAACAAAAAGAAAGCUCAAACAGAGCAACUCACUCAGUGCUUGUGUUUUACCACAAUCAAAGCCCUGUGUGAUCCAGAAAUGACCUUAUUCACUAACCAUAUAGACCAAAACACACACAAUAUCUCCCAAAAAAAACUCCUCGGUGUAGCCUCAUUAGCCACAGGACUCCAAUUCGGAUGGGCACAGAGCUCACUUCUAACACCCUACGUUCAAGAACUCGGAAUACCACAUGCAUGGGCUAGCAUUAUCUGGCUAUGUGGUCCGCUCUCGGGGCUCGUGGUUCAUCCCCUGGUUGGGCACAUGAGUGACCGUUGCACCAGCAAAUUUGGUCGUCGAAGGCCUUUUAUUGUUGUCCAGGUAAUUUUGAUCAUUCUGGCUGUUGUAGUAAUAGGACACUCCGCGGAUAUAGGAUCAUUGUUGGGAGAUACCGGGGUGAGCAAGAGUCGAGCCAUUGUUGCUUUCUUUAUCGGCUUUUGGCUGUUUGAUUUGGCUAAUAACUCCACUCUCGGGUCUAGCAGAGCUCUCCUGGCUGAUCUCACUGGAAAGGAUCACCGGAGGACUCAAGUAGCGUUUUCGUAUUUUUCCAUGUUCCUGGCUCUUGGUAAUGUUCUUGGAUAUGCUACUGGCACUUAUGGAGGCUUGUACAAAUUCUUUGCAUUCACCAUAACCUCUUCCUGCAGUGUCAACUGUGCCAAUCUCAAAGCUGCUUUCUACAUCGACAUUGUUUUUACACUGAUCACAGCUUAUAUAUGCAUAUCAUCCGGUCAGGAGCAGCCUCUAAUUUCCAGCCAUGAACAUAGUCCUCUUUCUGGGGAUGAUCCUGAACUGUCGAGCCAUGACAGAGAAACUUUUCUUGUCGAAAUGUUCGGAACAUUAAAAUUUCUACCAGCUGCAGUCUGGAGGAUACUGCUCCUUACCAGCCUUACGAUGAUUGGAUGGUAUCCGUUUUUUUUCUACAACACGGAUUGGAUGGGUCGAGAGAUUUAUGGUGGCAAUCCGAACGAAGGGGAGAAUUAUAGCAACGGCGUCAGAAUGGGAGCAUUUGGUCUAUUGCUGAAUUCAGUUGUUGUUGGGGUUACUUCGGUGUUUACUGGGAAGUUAUGUCAGAAAUGGGGUUCUGGUUUCGUAUGGGGCAUCUCAAAUAUUCUCAUGGCCCUAUGCUAUGUAUCGAUGAUCGUAGUCUCGUUGAUCAUAAAAAACAUGGAAUCUGGCACUGGUUCGCCCUCAAGCGGAUAUGUGAUUGCAGCGCUGAUCAUAUUCGCCAUUCUUGGCAUUCCAUUAGGGAUCACCUACAGUGUGCCCUUCGCGUUGAUUUCUACACAGAUCGAGUCACUGGGACUAGGCCAAGGCUUGUCGAUGGGGGUUCUGAAUCUGGCUAUCGUGAUUCCUCGGGUUUUUGUUUCGGUUGUAAGUGGACCUUGGGAUCAGUUAUUUGGUGGAGGCAAUUCACCUGCUUUUGUCGUAGCAGCAAUCUCAGCUUUUGCUAGCGGAGUUGUAGCCUUAUUCACCAUACCCAGAAGCAUCACUAGAAAAACGACUCAAGAAGCAUGAUUGAUAUGUAUAUGUCGUGAUGGCACCAUAGAGUCUUGAAAAUUUUUGAUUUUGUGCUCAUUACUAAUAAUCGGCAUUGGGACAUCUAGUCUAGUCACUAAAGUGAAAACAAUAUAUAUCAACAAUGUCUAAAUCUAAAUGUAUUGAGUUUUGAAUUAGAUCGAGUUUUGAUUUGAUGAAA